CUAAUGAAGUGUUGUAAACACCUCCCAGAGCGUUAAAACUAUGACAGACUCAGCCAAAACGCUGUCAUGAGACUCUAUCGCAUCACUUCCUUUUUUGCAUUGUGACUGUGCACUGACCACUUUCAAAAUGGGUACUCAACGGUCAUCGGUACAGAAGAGGUUGAAACUUGUUUUUUGGGAUCCACUCAGCUGUAGACACCUACAGGUCUCAAUGGCCUUAGCAUUAAGUGUUUUUGUGCUUUUUGCUUUCACUGUGUGUGAUACUGCUAUUUCCUGUCAGAAUGAAGCUGGCGAGCCUGUCGACUGGUUCAUCAUCUACAAGCUGCCAACAUACAAAAUUGGUGAAGUGGGCAGUGGUGUGGACUACAUGUACCUGGACCCCUCGCUUGAGACCUGGCAACUUAGUAAAUUCAUGAUUAACACUAGUCAAGGAGCCAUUGGAAACACCCUCAGCCAGCUUUACAGCAAAGCCAUUAACAAGUCCAGCAGCUCUGCUUAUGCCCUCUACAAUGAUUCACCGCCUGUCCUCAAAUACCUCCGAGGAUAUGGACACACCAAAGGGGUACUGCUAUUUGACUUAUACCAGGGCUUCUGGCUGUCCCACAGCAUCCCCCAUUUUCCUUCAUUCCCAGAGAUGGGUUACCUCUACCCAUCCUCUGGCAAAGUCAACGGGCAGACAGCUUUGUGUGUGAGCCUCCACUAUGACCAGUUCCUCCAUAUCACACAGCAUCUGGUGUAUCUUUUCCCACGGCUUUACAACUGCUCUGUCCCCUCCGCAUUUGCUACCAAACUGCCUCAGCUGGCCCAGUUAUGUGCUGGCCAUAGGCCGGAAGCGCUUUCAGAUAAGAAGAUGGACCAGCUCGUCUCCCUACAGGGAGAGAUGUUUUUCACUUUUGCCAAAUCUGAACGUUUUGUGGAUGACAUCUACACUGGCUGGGUGGCUCAAGUUCUGAAUGUGAACUUGCUGGUCGAGACCUGGCAGAGACAAGGCCAUGACCUGCCUUCCAAUUGCUCCCUGCCCAAUCACGUCAUGAACAUAAAGAGGAUCCGUCUUCCCGGAUCCGUCCCAUUCCAUUCUAAGUACGAUCACUCCAAGUGGUGCAUAUCGUGGGCUUAUCAGAAGCACUUGACCUGCUUGGGAGACCUGAACAGGGAGGUAUUCCAAAUGUGGCGCGGUGGGGGGCUACUGUGCUCCUACAACACUUUGAUUUACAAGGCUUUCAGGCAGGUGGUGGACUGGUACAUUGGAUGCUGAACUUUGUAUUCUUUUGAUUGUUAUCGAACAGAUGUUUCUCUAGAUGUCGUUGAUGGUCUGUCGGAAUUAUGACCUACCAGUUAAUCUAUCCCUCACUUUCCUACUGUUGAGCUUGCUCUGUGAAUUGAUCGAUUGAUUUUUAAUAUUGUUUUGAAAUGAAG